CUCAAUGCUAGCUGUCAGGUUUUGUUUUGACAAUCUCUUUCACCGAGUCACUCCAUAGUCUAGUCACUCCAGGGCACACACAGUAAUGGAGCCCGAUAGAGAGCUGCUAAUAGACGAUGAUGGAGUCGAGGAAGGGAAAAGGCUGGAGGAAGAAGACGAGAACUACCAGUAUCACCAGGCUAACAGAGAAAGCAGGCUACUGGACUUAGAGGAAGACUCAGCGGGAGAGAAGAGAAAUAGAAUGCAGCAUAUACUGGGUAAAGACUUGAUUGUAGCUGUCUUUGUGGUGGCAUUUGAUACAAAGAAAGGUAACAUCAUAGAAUGGGCUUAUCCUGAAGAGAUCAAUUUAGAUGGAGUUGAGUUCAGAGCAAUGGCGAGCGGAUUUCAUAACGUGACAACCGAUUUUAUCUACUUCAAGCACAACCAGUUGUUUGGGUUAAGUUGCUAUGAGAAGAUAUCAGUCUCCAAUGUGGAGGAGAGAGGAGCAAGGAUGAAGUCUGUGGGGAUUUUGGCUGUGAGUUAUUCCAACCUUCACAAUCACAUGGAGUUCCUGAGUCAACAAGCAAAGUUUAGAGUACAGAAUCCCAACAGUGAUUAUGAGAGUUUGGUGUCUUAUUUCUGGAGUAUUCAGGCCCCAAGAGCAAACCCUACAUCACCGUCAUCCCUAGCAACACAAGAUCUUCCUCACAUGGAGAUUACUCAUCCUGCUGGCUGUUUUAGUCAGUUCCUUGAGUUCUUUGGGCCUAAAGUGUUUGCCCUCUGGAAACUCUCACUGUUAAAGAAAAGAAUAUUAAUAUUUAGUCCUCCACCUGUUGGUGUUACUUGUUAUAAAGUAUACUGUAUGUGCCUUUUAGCCUCGCAUAAUAUUGAGAAUACAGAAAUAGACACCGGUCAGAAUCCACUCUUCUUUGUCAAUGUUGCCGAUAUUGACUAUAUCUCAACACUCAAUAGCUACAUUGCAUGCACCACCGAGAGAAUAUUUCAGAGCAAGACUGACCUUUAUGACAUAUACAUUGACAGUCAGACCAUAAUACCAACCUCCAAUAGACUAGACUGCUUUCUUAGACUCACACCCACGGACGAGCAGCGCUACACACAACUCAUCCACUCACAGGACAUGGCUUUUACACUUACUAGAGCUAUGAAGGACAAAACAGAGCAAGAUGUCAUGCUUGCAAGAUUCUUCCAACAGUUAAAUACUGAAGUAUAUCAGUCAUUGAUCAAUGUUGAUGGUGACUCGUGUGAAGAUCAUGUGAUGACGUGCGAGAUGGUGCAACUGAUCGGGUUACACCCGAAGGAUCACAUUUUCCUAACAGAACUAGCUUCAUUGCAUAGUCUGAAUGUAACUGUGCAGAGGCAAAGUGACGCUUUUCCUUGCUGUAUAUAAAUUUAUAAUGUUAUUAAGUUUGUACCCUGGUAUAUUGAAAUUAAAAUUUGUAUUGUAACAAGCUAUAAAACAAACUACUCUUGCUAUAAAUUUAAUAAUUUUAAAACAUUUUGUGUGUUGACUGUAGACUACAGACACUUUUAAUGCA